CUAAUGAUGAUGAAUUUACAUUAUGAUAAACAUAACUUAUUUUUUAGCUUCUAAAUUUUAUUUUACAGUAAAUGUGUAAAUAAAAAUGGGAGUCCAAGGUUUAUGGCAGUUACUAAACCCAACAGGUCGUCCAGUAUCAUUACAAUCACUAGAGGGUAAAAUACUUGCAGUGGAUGUAAGUAUAUGGUUACACCAGGCAGUGAAGGGUAUGAGGGAUAGAGAUGGCAAUCCUCUACCUAACGCUCAUCUACAGGUCCUGUUUAACAGACUAUGUAAACUCCUAUACUAUAGAAUCAAACCAGUCUUUGUAUUUGAUGGAGGUGUUCCUGUUCUCAAGAAACAAACAAUGUCUGGUAGAAGAGAAAAGAAAGAAUUUGCAGAACUAGAAAGUGAUAAAGCAACAAAAAAUCUUGUGCAAAAUUUAAUGAAAAGCCAUGCCAUCAAUGCAGUGUUGAAAAAAGAUGACAGCAGUAAACUCAGCACAUCUGGACCAAAACCUUCUACCUCAAAUCAAGGAAAACCAGACUUGUUUGAGUUACCUCCCUUACCGGAAGAAUUUAAAAGUAUCAGUGAUGAAAGCAGGAGAACAGAAUUUUCAGCUCAAGAAAGAUUGUUACUGGAUGAGGUUGAUUUAGACCAAAUUGACAUAGAAUCAGAUGUGUUUAACAGUCUGCCAUCAGAAAUGAAACAUGAAGUUCUCACUUUGUUAAAAGAAAAAAAGAAACGACAUACAUGGAAUCAGAUACUAGAACUUCCUCAGGAAUCUAAUGACUUCUCCAAGUUUCAAAUGGCAAAGUUGAUGAAACAGAAUAAGCUGUCCUCUCGAUUGGCUGAUGUUACAAAGGAAAUGAAUGACACUAGAUCAGUAGACUUAACUCGUUUCCUUGGUGAUGAUUUUUAUAGUGAUGCUAUAGAAACCAGAAAAAUAAUGUCAGACGACACUGCACACUCUAUAUUGAUCAAGGGACUUGGAAGUAAGGAACAGAAAGAAGAAAUGGAAAGAAUAAGAAUGGAAUUGGAAGAAAAGAAGAAAGAAGAAAACUCUGAUGAGAAAGUUGGAGAUAAAUUGGAAGAAAAUAAACAGAAUAUUUCAGAUAGAAUAGAUGAAAUCAUUGAAAUUGAAGAAAGUCAGCAUGAUUUAAAUGAAAUAUGUAAUAAUUAUAAGGCAAAUGAAGUAAUUGAAGAUAAUAAGACUGUUAUUAAUAAAGAUACUGCUAGCAAAAUAAAUUGUGCAACAGAUGUAAAUACUGAAAGACAGGAUAUUUUAAAAGAACUUAAGCAACGUAUGAAUGCUUUAAAGGACAAAAGUUCAGAUGACGAUUCUUUGCCUUUAUUUGAUACAAACUUAGUUGAAAGGAAUGACCAGAAAAAUCAACUUCAUGUAGGAGGCAAGAGGGCAAACUUGGUUGACGAAAGUGUUGAAGUAAUUGAUGAUGUCGAAGUUAAAGCAAAGAGUGAAAGUGUAGAAAAUGCUUACGUUGAAACCACUGCAAUUGUCAACGAUCAAGAAACGAUACUGUUGAAGCAAAAAGAUGGCAUUUUAUCAGAAAACCAUCAGUCAAAAAAUUCAUCAGCUAAAACUGUGGAGAAGACUGAAAAUAUGUCAUCUGUCUCGCCAGAAAAGUCUGAAAAUAUGACAUCUGUCUUGCCAGAAAAGUCUGAAAAUAUGUCAUCUGUCUCGCCAGAAAAGUCUGAAAAAGAUUUGAAGUCAACUCGACAAAGUAUUUUAGAUGAACUUCGUCAAAAAGUUACUGUUCUGAGUUCUGACAGUACUAUUGAAAAUAAUGAGGAAGACAAUAUGGAAAUCGAUAAUGAAAAGAAAGAGUCUGAAAUGAAACAAGUUAUUUCAGAAAACAGGAAAUGUUUAUUAAAGAAACAGUUAUCUCUAGAUGAGGAACAGGAAGUUAAGAGAAGAAAAUUGAAUCAAGACACUCCUGCAGAAGAAGCCACAGAGUCAAAUAAAUAUCCACCAGAGAAUAAUAGUGAAAGUGAUUCUGAAGACGAAGGGUUCAUUGAAGUAGUACUUGACAUAGAUAAAGCCCAACAAGAUGACCUAUUUCCUGCAGACAUAUUCCAACCUGCUCAGAAAGUGGAAGAAAACAUUGAAAUUGUCUCUGAUGAAGAACCAGUCUAUGAAAAAUACCAUGAGGAUGCUGACUCCUCCCCUGAUGCACAGGAAGUAACUGAAGACUUACAGGAAGUGAUGUCAGAAGAAGAAAAUUCAAAAGAAAUAACAUCAAAUUACAGUAUUGAUGAGAUAGAGGAGAAUAUACAUGGAGACUUAGUACAACAGUUCAAAAAUUUUACUGAGGAUGAUAUGAGAGGUUAUCAAGAGAAUUUAGAGGCAGAAAGUCGAGAUCUUCAGCAGGAAAGGGGAAAACAAGAAAGACUGGCUGUAUCAAUCACAGAUCAAAUGUACACAGAAGCUCAGGAGUUGUUAGAGUUGUUUGGUGUACCGUAUAUUGUGAGUCCAAUGGAGGCUGAAGCUCAAUGCGCCCAGUUAGAUGUAUCCGACCUGACACACGGCUCAAUAACAGAUGAUAGUGAUGUCUGGUUGUUUGGUGGAAAACGAGUUUACAAAAAUUUCUUCCAACAAGACAAACAUGUAGAAUUCUUUUCUGAAAUAAGUAUCCAAUCACAGUUAGGUAUUGGAAGAGAUGUUCUGAUAAAACUGGCCCUUUUAUGUGGUAGUGACUACACACAAGGAAUUCAGGGUGUAGGGCCAAUCACUGCUAUGGAGGUACUAACAGAAUUCCCUGGAGAAAGCUUAGAAGGAUUAAGAGAAUUUAAGAAGUGGUGGAAUGAAGCUCAGAAUCAGAUAACAGCUCCUUUAGAACCCAAAAUCAAGACGAAAUUGAGAAAAUUAGAGGUCCCAGAAGGUUUUCCUAAUGAACUUGUAGUAACAGCCUACAUGAAGCCUGAAGUAGAUGAUUCAGAUGAGAAGUUUGCCUGGGGACAACCAGAACUAGAUCUUAUUAGAUUAUUUACAAAAACAAAGUUUGGCUGGAGUCAGGAAAAAUGUGAUGAAACUCUGGUUCCAAUGAUGAAACAGUUUAAUUUGAGACAAACACAGACAAGAAUAAACACAUUCUUUCAACCAGAACAUUUUAUCCAGCCAAAAAACAUUAAAAGUAAAAGACUGCAAAGGGCUCUUGAUAUCAUGCAAGGCAAAGUCAAUGAUGAACCAGUCCAAUCUUCUGGUAGCCUAAUAAAACAGUCAGUAAGUUCUCCAGUUAUGCCAGGUAUGCAACAAGUGAGGACGAUGGCAAGACAAAUCACUGUUGGAAAAGGUCGGGGCAGAGGUAAAGGGAAGGGAAAAGGUAAAAGUUCAAUGGGUCAAAAGAAGACAAGAGCAACAAUAAAAAAUGAAGUAAAUUUGUCAGAGAGCAGUAGUGAAUCAAGUGGUGAUGAAUUAAUUGCUAGUCUGGAUUAUGAAAGUAUGAUGGGAGAAAGUAGGGAACAGUCUAAUACUGAACUAGGAUCCAGUAGUCAGAUCAUGACUGGUACAAAUGUGAGAAAUAUGAAAAAUAAUUCCAGGGAAACAGCUAAGAAAUCAGUGAGAAGUAAAUCAUCAUCUACAAACAACAAAAAGUCUGCAGUUGUUACAACUGCUAUUUCUCAAUCAACCUCUGUUAAUACUGCAGCAAGUGAUAACAAUAGUGCUUUAGGAUCUGGUUCUCAGAGUAGCUCUACUGCUGAUCAGGGUACCAGCAAAAGUCGAAGGACUAAGCCAAAUAUAACAGUGGGUAAAGCAGGUCAUGCCACUGAGGAUUUUUCUUUAGAUUUACCAAAGGAACCUAUAGCUAUGAAAGGUUUCUUGGAGGAUGAAGUUCAUGCCUUUGAUAAAAAGAAAAAACUGAAAUCAAAGACAGUAAAAAAUAAAAAAGAAGAACUAAAACCGCAAAAGUCUGAGAAAUCAAAACCAGAUAAGACAAUAGAAGUGAAAAAGAUUGACAAAGGAAAAUCAUUAGUUAAAAAUGGGAAAAGUAGAGUUAAAUCAUCAAAAUUCAACAGACAAGAAAUUUCAAAAUCUGAUGUUAACAUGUUUGAAAAUGAUAAAAAUUCUCAGGCAGCUGUUACAGUUAAUGACCCGGAUGAUUCAGCAAACGUGUCUUUUAAUUUGUUAAACAGAAGAACGCGAAGUUGUCGAGCAGGGACAGUAAAUAGAGUGAUGGUUGUAUCAGAUUCAGAUAGCAAUUAAGAUUAUUGUAGGAUUUGUAGAACAGAGACAGUAAAUAGAGUGAUGGUUGUAUCAGAUUCAGAUAGCAUACAAUUAAGAUUAUUGUAGAAGAAUAAGUUAGAUAUUUUCUGAAGGUUGUUGCUUCAGUCUACUGAAGGAAGUCUUAUGUUUAUGAUGUAAUUUUUCACAAAAUAUUUGUGCAUUAUGAAAUUAUAUUAGCAAUUCAGCAAAAAUAUUAAGUGCAAGUUUAAGAGUGCCAUAAUCUGAUAAUGCUAACGAUACAGAACCCAAAUUGCACCGAGUACCCAAAUUGCACCUAUUUAGCAAAAAUAGCAGCGAAAAUCUUACAAGUUUUCUAAGGGACUAAACAAUUUAUGUUUUUUUAUCAUUUGAAAUUAUGCACGUCUCUCAAAUAGGUAAAUGUAUUUAAAUAUUCACAGAACAUGCACAGUAUAAAUCAACAGAUGAAGUGUUUACUGGAAAAAGUAAAAUCUACCAAACGUUGCCAUGCGACGUCCAUAAAAAGUCAUCUUUUAAAAAUGAGCAAAUACAAUAUGUUACAGGCGUCCAUUUCUUAAAAAAUGAAUAGAAAGCAUGGACUAUUGUCAAAUUGUUCUAAAUAUUUGCAGAAAUAAUACAAAACAUCAGUUAUUAGAUUUUUACGGACGUGAAUUUAAGCAUGGAUGCAAUUUGGGUACUCCUCAUUACAGAAUCAUGGGUCGUUUGGAGGUCAGUUCAAACCCAUUUUUCUAUGAUUCAAUAUGGAUUAAAAUUUAAAUUGGUGGGACUAUAUAGUAAAUAAUGAUACAUCUACAAAAUGGAAACUUUUGUCAGGAUCAUAAAAAAACGUAGGUGAAAAAACUAUCAAAAUAGGUGCAAUUUGAGUACCCCCACGUUAUAUUUAUUCUACCUCAGUUUUACUUUAUGUCAGAAGGAAAGGGUAAACUGCCUGCUGUAUUAAUUACCAUUUGUUAAGCAGGCUGUCUUCUGAUUUAAAUUUUUCUAUUGUAUUUUUCUCAGCAACUAGAUAUGAUAACUUCUUGCUUUUUGGUUUCAAGCAUCCUUUUAGCUACCAGCUAUAGCAUGUCUUUUACUUUUAACUACCAGCUAUAGCAUGUCUUUUAGCUACCAGCUAUAGCAUGUCUUUAGCUACCAGCUAUAACAUGUCUUUUAGCUACCAGCUAUAGCAUGUCUUUUAGCUACCAGCUAUAGCAUGUCUUUAGCUACAUGUACCAG